CCUAGAAGUAGUCCAAGAAAAUGACCACUUUUUCUGCUUCGGAGGAUUUCAGCGUCCCGCGUCCGCGUGCGUUGUGUCUGUUUCUUGAAGGAAUCAACCAAUCCAAACAGCAGUUUGACGUUAUUAUUGUUUGAUCCCGAAUAUUUCCAAUCAUUCUCCAGGAUAAUGGUUCCCCAAAAUCCUGGGCAUAUUUUUCCUUUAGAUUGAACUACAUAAUUUUUUUUUAAAAAGCUUUGUGUUUGAACAAAUUCCCCCUUCUUAUAGCAUCGGUUUUCUCUUCAAAAUCUGAUACUUGGUGGGGGGAAAGAUCCCAACUUUUCCGGCAAAAAAUGGCGUCCCACGAAGAACAACAGAAAGAAACCAUCUUCUCAUCGUCGUCAUCCUCUUCUUCAUCUUCUUCUUCGUCUGAUCAAUCUUCUAUAUUAGAACUUCGUGACAAGCAUCAGAAGGAGCUGGAGAAUCUGACAUUGAUGAUACAGCCACUGAAGACAUUUAAGUUCUUUGUUCUUGCUGUUGUUAAUUGCCUUCAGCAACCAAUACUUUACAUUUCUGCCAAGAGAAGUUGGUUUGUCUUCAUAAGUAUCCUUGCCGUGGGUGGUGGAGUAUUGAUCAGAACCCUUUGGAGGCCAGAUGAAGAGUAUGUUCUGGAAAUUGGCAAGUAUCUCGAGUAUGGAACCUGGUGGUUGGCUCUAGGUGUAGCAUCAUCAAUUGGUCUUGGGUCUGGUUUGCACACCUUUGUUUUGUACUUGGGUCCUCACAUUGCAUUGUUUACAUUGAAGUCUGUGCAAUGUGGACGGUUCGACAUAAAAAGCGCUUUAUAUGAUACAAUCCAGUUCAGAAGGGGUCCUUCAUGGCUGGAUACUGAUUGCUUAACAUAUGGACCCUCAUUGUUCCCUUUACCUGGUUCACGGGUUCCAUUGACCAGCAUAUUGCAUCAGGUUGAACUGGAGGCUAUGCUAUGGGGAGUUGGGACUGCACUUGGAGAGCUUCCCCCAUAUUUCAUUUCUAGAGCAGCAUAUAUAUCUGGUAGGAAGCUUGAAGUCAUGGAAGAUGUGAAUGCUUCUUCAGAAGGAGAUUGUGGAAUUGUUGCAAAUCAUCUAAGUCAAAUGAAGAAGUGGCUCCUUUCACACUCAAAACAUUUGAACUUCUUCACAAUUUUGGUUCUUGCUUCGGUGCCAAAUCCUCUGUUUGACCUAGCCGGUAUAAUGUGUGGACAACUUGGUAUCCCGUUCUGGAAAUUUUUUACUGCAACCCUGCUUGGAAAGGCAAUAAUUAAGACUAACAUUCAGACAUGUUUUAUAAUAUCAGUUUGUAACAAUCAACUUUUGGACUUGAUUGAAACUAAAUUAAUUUGGUUUCUGGGCCUUGUCCCUGGAGUUGCUUCUGUCUUGCCCAACCUUGUGGCAAAGCUCCAUUUUGUCAGAGAAAAAUAUAUGGAAGCCUCUCCUCUCACUCCGUCCAAUGCCAAGGUGAAGAAGUGGAAUAUUUCCUUGGCUUCAUUUUGGAACUCUGUUGUACUGCUCAUUCUUUUGAAUUUUUUGGUGAAAAUUAUAAAUGGAACAGCCCAGAGUCAUAUGAAGCAACAACAUGACAAGGAAAUGGCUCAGCUGGAAACCAACUGAGAUGUAAACAAUAGGGCAAUGAUUGGAAGUUGGAACGUCUGAUUAAUUCUCUUUUGGGCUGUCAAGCUACAGUCAAUUCAGUUGCCAAUGUAUAUAGGAUAAUCUGUACUUUGACAUCGUUACUUAAUACUAUCAUGCCCUUUUGUUGUGUGGA